CGCAUGCGCCACCUCGAAAGGAGAGCUGUCGAGGUCGAAUUGUAGGAUUUCCUCAGUUUUCGUUAAAAUAAGGCAAAAUGCCGUCAGACUAUGAUAAAGGAGCAUACCCGGAGCCUCCUCGGCAGACCCCGGUUGUGGACAAACAGACGGCGCUGCCAAACCCGGCCCUGAUUCUGUCUAAACUCUUCUAUUACUCCGUGGACCUGCCUGUCACCACAUUUAGAGAUGCUGUGGACAGCAUCCGGGCUAAAAACAAGUUUGUGUACUACCACCAGAAGUUCCGCCGUGUCCCUGACCUGACUGAGUGCCAGCAGGGAGAUUACCUCUGCUACUAUGAGGCAGAGAUGCAGUGGAGGAGAGACUAUAAAGUUGACCAGGAGAUUGUGAAGGUGAUCCAGGAGCGUCUGAGGGCCUGCCAGCAGAGAGAAGGAGCCAGCUACCACCAGAACUGUGCCAAAGAAAUACAGCAGUUCAACGAGGUGACCAAGAACUUCCAGUCACGCUAUGGAGACCUGGGAGCAUACGCCAGUGGGAGGAAAUGUCUAAUGAAGCAAAAAGAACGAAUGGUGGCAGCUCAGGCCCAGAGUGCUUAAGAACAGUCCUACUGUCUGUCCUGUGUAAUAAUUGUAAAAUAAAAUUUAUGUCACAAUUCA